AUGUUUAGACAACUCUUUCGGGCAGCUUUGCUUCUAAACACGGCCAUCUCCGUCGUGUCAGCUAUUCCAACUAUCUCGGUCAAGGGAGCCAAAUUCUUUGCGGAUGGGCAACAGUUCUUCAUCAAAGGUCUAGCAUACCAGGGCACGCCCUCGGAUCCUCUCGUCGAUACCACGCAAUGUCAAUUAGAUGCCAAGGCCAUGCAAACCAUCGGCACAAACUCCAUACGCGUCUACCACGCCAACCCGCUCGUCAACCACGACGGGUGCAUGGAGGCAUUUUCGGAGGUCGGGAUAUACGUCUGGCUAGAUCUAGAUACCUUCAACACGACCAUCAUAGAGACAAGCCCGGCAUGGACACAAGAGCAGUUCUUCGCCUUCGCAGCCGUCAUGGACGUCUUCCAGCAAUAUGAUAACCUAGCCGGCUUCUGGAUCGGCAACGAGGUCAUCAACACCGCAUCCGGAACGCCCGCAGCGCCGUACGUCAAGGCAGCAGUUGCGGAUAUGAAAUCCUACAUGGCGACGAAACAGUACCGGCAGAUACCCAUUGGGUACUCGGCAGCCGAUAUCGCCGCCCUGCGGCCAAUGCUGCAGAACUACCUUGCGUGCGGAGGGGAUCUGAAGCAGAGCAUCGACUUCUUCGGCCUGAACUCGUACGAAUGGUGCGGAGAAUCCACCUUUGAGACAUCCGGGUACGCCCAGCUACAGAACCUCACACACGGCUACCCCGUCCCGAUCUUCUUCUCGGAAACGGGCUGCAACGUCCCAACGCCCCGCACGUUCGGCGACCAGGCUGCCAUUUUCGGGCCGCACAUGCUGGGCACGUGGAGCGGCAGUAUUAUCUACGAGUGGGUGCAGGAGAUGAACGACUACGGCGUCGUUACGUAUCCCAAUGGGCAGAUCUACAGCGGGGCUCCGGUGCCUGUGCAGCCGGAUUUCGAUACCCUGGCCGAGGUCUGGAAGGGGAUUGAGCCGCAGGGGGUCGCGGAGGAGGAUUAUAACCCGACGGUGAGUGCGCUGCCUUGUCCGGUGCCGAGUGAUGGGUGGUGGGUGGAUGGGAAUGUGCCGGUUCCGACGCUGGGACAGGCUGUUGUCCAUGCUGCUGCUGCGAGCGUGAGGCUGGUUCCGAGUGCGAGUGCCAUGUCGACGAGUUCUAGCGGCUCAAUAUCAUCUACAUCUGCAUCGACGACGCACACUGGAUCUGGAUCUAUACUCCCUACCGCAGCAGCGGCUACUACAUCUCAGAAAGCCAGUUCCACUGCGGGUGCUACAACGACGACAUCCAAGGCGGCUGGUUCGCAGGUCGUUGUACCGGUUUUAGGGGGCGGUCUUCUCUGGUUGUUGGGCUUGAUGAUAUGA